CCUCUUCUUUCUCUUCAUUGUUUCAAUAUUCUUUUGACACUCCGGCAUUUCCUUUCAUAUUUUACUAGAUGAUAAAGGGAAAUCAAUACCUUCUUUUUCCCAUUUUAUUUAUUUGUAAUGUUGUGCAAAAGGGUAUUUUGAAGUUAGAUGCUUUACUGGAAGAAAUCUUACUUGGGUUUUUGCUUUACUGGAAGAAAUCUUACUUGGGUUUUUGCUUUACUGGAAGAUAAUGAGUAUAAGAAGUGAACUUUGUGUGUCUUUGUUGUUGAAAUUAAGGAAGGCUUCUGGGCUUCUUUUUUUUUUUAUUGUGUGUUAAAAUGAGCCUUUUUUCUCCCUGUUGUUACACUUAUUUAGUUGGAUAACUGCGGACAAUAUCUGUUUUGUGAAAAAAAAAAAUUUGAAUUAUUGACUUGACUCUGGUUCCUUUGGACUUCCCAAUGUCACUCAGGGUGUGUAUUUAGGUGACAUGCCCAAUGAAUUUUGCUAAGUGAUGUGUGACAAGAACAAGGUGAUUGGAAGUGACCAUAUAUUACCUGUAACACAUAUUGGUGUCUUGAAUGUUUGGAACUUUUCACACUGUUAGUAUUGCAUCUUUGUGAGUAAGUCGGUGGUAAUGAGGAGAGAUGGAGUUAUUAAAUGUGUGGAGAGAGGAAAACCAAUUGUAGACACUUAUGACGUACGGGGUUCUAGUCUCGCUUUCAGAUUUGGAUUAUAUUUGUAUUCUUUAUAACAAAUGUUUGAUUCAAUUUGCAGUUUGAGAUUGAACCUCAAAGGAGGUUUGAUCGAGUUGGACAGUUAGCGAGGUAUUGGGAACAAAGAGCAGAGGUUUCCUGUUCCUUAAUGAAGAAAUCUUAGAGCUGCAGCAAGUGAUAAAACAAUUAGUCAGCAGAAUGGGGCAAUAGAUGAGAUAAUUUAAGAAAUGGAGAAUCUUGGGGUACUUUAUUAGAAGAGUGUAUCUCAAAAUUGAAGCAGUGUUCCUUAGAUACAAUUACUGAUUCUGUAGUGAAUUUUUUAUGCUUCCAGAAUGCCUGACUAAAUGACGUUUCAAUUGCUCGGCAGAGACACUAUGCUAAAGCGAUAAUUUGCUUUAUUUUCUUAUAGGACUGGACUUCCUUUCCCUGAGAAACUCUUCUUCUGCAGAGCAAAGUUUGCUGAUUCUGAGGUAGAUGGAUCUUUUAGUUUAAGAGUGGUGUCGCCAACCGUGAUUACAGCAGAAAAAGAAGAAGCUAAGGCUGUUUUAACCUUGUUCUUGAAGAAGCAGGGUCUGAGCAAUGCAGUUGCUGCAAGAAUCAUCAACAAAUCGGACCUUUUUAUUGACCACCUUGUGUCAAGGCUUCAUUCUGUUCAUAAAUCUCGGAAGAGAGCUUACAACUCUUGAGAUCAGGGAUGCUCUUACCCCUUACCUUGAAUCUCUCCUUGAAGAGCAUGGAAGAACUCUGGUUGAUGUAGUUGAAAAUUUUCCUGACCCACCAGUUAAAGAUAAACCUGUAACGCAGGUAUCUCCUCCAGAUUCAGCCGUUGACUCCAAGAAGUUAAAAGCUGUCUCUCGUGUUAGUGAGACAGGCCCAGCAGGGAAGCUCCGUCCUCAAGUUCUCUACCUCAUGGAGCUUGGUAUGGAUCUUGAGAAGAUCAAGGUAAUUAUACGCAGAUUCCCAUCUUUUGCCUACUACAGUCUGGAGGGGAAAAUCAAACCUGUUGUCGAGUUCCUUCUUGAACUUGGUGUACCAAAGUCUGACAUUCCCAUAAUUCUCAGUAAAAGGCCUCAACUGUGUGGAAUUAGUCUCUCUGAAAAUCUUAUACCCACCAUGACAUUCUUAGAAACCUUGGGUGUGGACAAGAAACAGUGGGCAAAAGUUAUAUACCGGUUUCCUGCACUUCUUACUUAUAGCAGGCAAAAGGUUAAGACGACUUUAGAUUUCCUCUAUGAAAUGGGCGUUUCGUCAGAGAAUGUUGGUAAGAUUCUAACACGCUGUCCAAACAUAAUAAGUUAUAGUGUGGAGGACAAGCUACGGCCUACAGCUAAGUACUUCUGCUCAUUGGGUGUUGAUGUUGCUGUUCUUCUACUACGAUGUCCGCAGACAUUUGGCCUUAGCAUUGAGGCAAAUUUGAAGCCUGUAACAGAAUUUUUUCUUGAUAAAGGAUACACUGUCGAGGAAGUUGGGAUUAUGACUUCAAGAUAUGGAGCAUUAUAUACUUUUAGCUUGGUAGAUAACUUGAUACCGAAAUGGGAUUUCUUUUUAACCAUGGAUUAUUCAAAGUCAGAGCUGGUUAAAUUCCCUCAAUAUUUUGGCUACAGCUUGGAGGAGAGGAUUAAACCACGAGUUGCAGUUGUAAAGGACUCUGGUGUGAAAUUACUGCUGAAUCAGAUUUUAUCAUUGUCAAGUCGUGACUUCGAAAAGGCUUUGAAGAAGAAAAUUGAGAAGCAGCUUACAGACCAAGUAUAACUGAUUCAUAUAGAAAGUAUCGAUGUGACAUUUUAUCAAGAAUGAGGUUUUGCAGGUAUUUUAAGACUAACUUUCUGACGAAGGAACGCUAUGAUGGGAAAAUGAACUUGUCAUAGGGAAAAGAAAGUGCUUGCAGCAGACUUCAGAGGUAAAUUACCAUUUCCAAGUUCAGGUGUGACUUACUGUUAUUUUUUGCAAAACCUAGAAACGACCUACUUAGGAGUUGACCCCAUUUUGUGUGCAAGAACGAAGAAGCAUUUAAGAUACAGAUGUUAUUCUAGGUCUUUUAACCCAUCUUAUUUAAAAUUGCCUUCAUGGUGAGUAUGUAUUUUUACCCCUUCCACAGGAUGUAAUUAUUGUGUUAGAGUUUCAUUUCAUGUUCUAAGUUCAUUCCAACUGUUUGGGAUGCAUUCUGUCGCUGACUUCUGAUGUGAUGACAUUUUAAAGUUUGGACAUGAUGUUAUAAAGAGCCAUCUUUACUUUC